CCCCGCCCCCACGGCGGGCGGCCACGCAGCCACAAGCUGGUGGCAGCGGCAAGCCGGCGACGCAGCUCCUUCUCUGAAUCUGAUCCUCUCCAACUUUUCUUGAAUCCCUGUAAGCUGUACAGGCUGUUGUGGUAUGGCUCGGAGUUUAACCGAGAACAAGACCAGAACCGCGUCUAUUGUACUUGUGGUAUUUGGGCUCUGUUCCUUCUUCUACCUCCUUGGUGUAUGGCAAAGAAGUGGCUUUGGGAGAGGGGACAGCAUAGCGGCUGUGGUGAAUGAGCAGACCAAAUGUCUGAAACUGCCAAAUCUGAAUUUCGAGACCCACCAUAGUGCAUCGGAUCUUCUGAACGACACUUUCAAUUCUCAAGUCAAAACUUUUGAGCCAUGUGAUGCAGAGUACACCGAUUACACUCCUUGCGAGGAGCAAAAGCGUGCAAUGACCUUCCCUAGGGAUCACAUGAUAUAUCGGGAGAGGCAUUGCCCACCUGAAAACGAGAAGCUGUACUGUCUGAUUCCAGCACCAAAGGGUUAUGUUGCUCCUUUUCCGUGGCCAAAGAGCCGCGAUUAUGUUUCUUAUGCCAAUGUGCCACACAAGAGUCUUACGGUUGAAAAGGCCAUCCAAAACUGGGUGCACUACGAGGGCAACGUUUUCAGGUUUCCUGGUGGUGGAACGCAGUUUCCUCAGGGUGCAGACAAGUAUAUAGAACAGCUUGCUUCUGUUAUCCCAAUUACCAAGGGGAAAGUGAGAACUGCACUCGACACUGGUUGUGGGGUUGCCAGUUUAGGUGCUUACCUGUUGAAGAAAAAUGUUUUGACUAUGUCAUUCGCUCCAAAAGAUAAUCAUGAGGCACAAGUACAGUUUGCACUGGAGAGAGGCGUACCUGCAUAUAUCGGUGUCCUUGGAUCAAUGAAGCUCUCAUUUCCAUCCCGAGUCUUUGACAUGGCACAUUGCUCGAGAUGUUUAAUUCCAUGGAGCGGAAGUAACGGUAUGUACAUGAUGGAAGUUGAUAGGGUACUUAGGCCGGGUGGGUAUUGGGUACUAUCAGGCCCACCCAUUGGUUGGAAGAUUCACUACAAGGGAUGGCAACGGACCAAAGACGAUCUCCAGAGUGAGCAGAGAAAAAUAGAACAAUUCGCAGAACUUCUUUGCUGGAAGAAGAUAUCUGAGAAGGAUGGUAUUGCUAUAUGGAGAAAGACAUUAAAUGGCAAAUCUUGCCCGAGGAAACAAGAUAAUUCAAAAGUUGCCAAGUGUGAGUUGACAAGCGAAAGUGAUGUAUGGUAUAAGAAAAUGGAAGCCUGUAUAACUCCGCUUCCUGAGGUUAAAAGCGUGUCAGAGGUUGCUGGUGGUGAACUAGAGCCAUUUCCCCAGAGGCUCAAUGCAGUACCACCUCGGAUAGCCCGUGGUUUUGUACCUGGGUUCUCAGUUCAAACAUAUCAGGAGGACAAUAAACUCUGGCAGAAACAUGUUAAUGCUUACAAGAAAACCAAUGACUUGCUUGAUACUGGAAGAUACUUCUACUUUAGGUGUAAUCUAUGAGCGAGGGUUAAUAGGAAUGUAUCACGACUGGUAUGUAAACUGCCGUAUUGCUCUCCUGGUUUCAUACUUUGGUUAUCGCAUUUUGUUUCUCACUUAUGUUCGUUGUACAUUGUUUCUACAUUUUGGUAGCUUUGUUUUUUGCAACAGACCUUUUUACUUUUGCUGGUUCACAAUGUGGGGAACUUCGCUUUUCUGUUAUGAAGUGCAUUUACUUCAUGAACACUAU